AUUAUUUGAUGGAAACCUACUCGACGGAACUAUUCCAUCCACAUUAGGACUGGUUCAGACCCUUGAGGUUCUCCGGCUUGAUAGAAAUGCUUUAACAGGAAGUGUACCUACAAAUUUAAACAAUCUUUACAAGCGUCAGUGAAUUGAAUUUAGCAAUAAUAAGCUGAAAGGCCCUUUACCAGACUUAACUGGAAUGAAUGCCCUUAAUUAUGAGAACCUUAGCAACAAAGCUUUUUUCCCAUCAGAAGCUCCUGCAUGGUUCUCAACCUUGCCAUCACUGACCACACUGGUUAUAGAAAAUGGAUCACUUCAAGGGCCUUUGCCACAAAAAAUCUUCAGUUUCCAGAACAUAGAGCAAGUGAUAUUGAAAAACAAUGCAUUCAGUAGCCGACUAGACAUGGGUGAAAGCCUUGGUCCACUGCUUCAACUUGUUGAUCUGCAGAAUAAUAAUAUUUCUUCUGUAACACUAACUGCAGACUAUAAAAAUAAACUAAUACUUGUAGGAAAUCCAGUGUGCUCUGCACUCUCAAAUGUUAGUUACUGUGAACAAUUCAACUUCAGCAGCAUCCCUAGCGAACCUGUCGAAGUCGCCUGAUAUUGAAGACUAAAAGCCUUCUCUCGGCUUCAGCAUCAAAACGACAUGCAAGGAAUCCAUUAAAUAGCUGCAAAAGACAUGGUUUGAUACUGAUAAAGAAGAAAAAAAAAACACACAUAUAUCAAGCAGAUAAAACUAUACUGGAAUGGUUGUUCAUCCAUAUCAUGCGGAAGG